AUGGUUCAUUUGCAAUUACAAGGCAACAGUUUAAAUUCGAUUAAAACAAAGUCCAUCUUAUCAGCGUUUCUUGCCAGAGUUAAACUAAUGAAGCAAAAUAUUGGACGGGGCGAAUUUUCUCAGUUCCCCAAUUUGUCACAGACAAGCUGCCAGGAAGACGACGUUUCAACUUACGUUCAACAUUUAAAUGCCCUCUAUUCAGAUUUUGAAUCUGACUAUGGUAAUACCACCGUGGAUAAUUAA